AGAUAAUAUUACAUUUGAAGUUUAAACCAGAGGUUUUGUUACCCCAACAUGAUCUGUGUUUUAACAACCGGAAUCGCUGUUACUUUCUGCAUAAUUCUACCCUGCUUGGCGUGCCUAAAGAUUUUGGUUUUGAACCGAAAAUGGCGACGCGGAAGCCAAAAAGUUAUCGGAUUUUUUCAUCCUUACUGCAAUGCUGGGGGUGGGGGUGAACGAGUUCUCUGGUGCGCUGUUCGUGCUAUUCAAGAAAGCCACCCUGGUGUUAAGUGUGUCGUGUACACCGGUGACAUCACAUCCACUGCCUCACAAAUCCUCAACAAAGCCAGCUCCACUUUCGGGAUAACAUUAUCGAAUUCCGUUGAUUUUGUUUUCCUACGAAGAAGACGCUGGGUUGAAGCAACGAGAUAUCCAAUCCUCACCUUGCUGGGCCAAAGCAUGGGAUCUGUUUGGUUGGGUGUUGAAGCAUUGCUUGCGUGUCCACCCGAUGUUUUCUUGGACACGAUGGGAUAUGCCUUUACAUUGCCAUUGUUUAAAUACAUUGGUGGAUGCAGGACUGGGUGUUACGUGCAUUACCCAACCAUCAGCACUGAUAUGUUGAAUGUUGUGGAAUGCCAGAAUGAUUCCUUCAACAACAGGAAACUUAUUGCACGCAGCAAGCUCCUCACAAAGUGCAAACUAAUCUAUUACAGGGCGUUUGCGUUCAUGUAUGGCGUGGCUGGAAGGUGCAGUGAAGCGGUGUUGACCAAUUCCUCAUGGACUCUUAAUCAUAUUAACCAGAUAUGGAAAUGUCAACAAAUCACAUCCAUAGUUUUCCCACCAUGCGAUAUAAGUGGUUUCCUGGAGAUUCCACUCACGAGGAAACCAACGCAAGACAUAUUAGGGGAAAAAUAUGAAGGAAAACUCAUCGUUUUGUCAAUUGCUCAGUUCAGACCUGAAAAAAAUCAUUCUUUGCAGGUUGAAUCUUUCCAUAAAUUUCUCUCCAUUUGUGAAGACCCUUCGAAACAUCUUCUUCUCAUGGUUGGAGGAUGCAGGAACGAAGGAGAUGAAAGCCGUGUAGCGGAACUGAAAUCACUCAUUUCGAAACUAAAUCUUCAAGAAAAAGUGGAAAUAAGAACCAAUAUAUCAUUCGGUGAAUUGAAAGAUCUUUUGUCGGUAGCUCAUGUUGGGAUACAUACAAUGUCAAAUGAACAUUUUGGAAUCGGUGUUGUAGAGUUCCAAGCAGCCGGAGUAAUCGCACUCGCAAAUAAUUCUGGUGGGCCAAAGAUGGACAUAGUGAAAGAAAUCCAAGGUUGUCAAACUGGUUUUCUGGCACAUGACGUGACCACAUACUCCGAAGCUCUGCGCGAUAUUUAUUCUUUAACUGUUGAAAAACGAACGGAGAUAUUGGGUUCCGCUCGAGCAGCUUGCAAACGUUUCAGCGAGCAAGAAUUUAAACAACAUUUUUUGGCUGCAAUUUCCCCUGUUUUGGUAUCACGGCCCAAAACAGAAUAAGUAUAUUAGUGCAUUGCGCGUAUUAUGUGGGUGAAAUUAUAUUUUAAUACAUAUGACGUUUAUUUAUGGAAUUAAAUACAGUUUUGAAUCUUAAAUCGCCAUGUAUCAACUACGUGUAUAUAAAGUUA